AGUGUUUUUAAUGUAAGAUACUUAUUUUCUUAAAGGUACAACAAACGUGUUUCAGAGGUGAAGGAUUGUUUCAAUUAUGCUAUUCAAAAUGCGUGCCUUGUUCAUAGGGAACGACGAAAAUUUUUAAGAACAGCAUUAAAAGAACUGGGUUUAAUUCUUGCUGAUCAACCUGGUCUCUUUGGCCCAAAAGUUUUAUUUGUAUUUAUGGGGUUGUCAUUUGCUCGUGAUGAAGUACACUGGUUGUUGAGACAUUGUGAAAAUUUACCUCAGCGGCAAGGCCGAGCACGUACACAAGCAGAAGAUCUUGUUGAUAGACAGCUUCCAGAAUUGUUAUUUCAUAUGGAAGAAUUACGAGCUCUAAUACGCAAGUAUAACCAAGUAAUUCAACGCUAUUAUGUUCAGUAUUUAGCUGGCUAUGAUGCUGUUGCACUGAACCAUAUGAUUCAAAAUGUCUCUGUAAUUCCAGAAGAGGAUUCUGUUAUUCUUUCAUCAUUGUGUAGCACAAUUUCGUCACUCAGUGUAAAACAAGUUGAAGAUAAUGAACUGUUUGAUUUCCGAGGUCUGCGUUUAGAUUGGUUUCGAUUACAGGCUUAUAGCAGUGUUGCUAAGUAUCCUCUGAAUUUACACGAGCAUAGGGAGUUAGCAUCUUUAAUGAAUACCAUAGUUUUUCAUACAAAAGUUGUUGAUUUUCUAGAUGAAUUACUCAUUGAAACUUCAGAUUUAUCAAUAUUUUGUUUUUACAGUACUGUCUUUGAAAGCCAGUUUCAUAUGUGUCUUGAAUUUCCUGCUCAAACAAGAUAUAUCAUAGCUUUCCCCCUUCUUUGUGGACAUUUUAUGAACUGCACUCAUGAACUUUGUCCUGAAGAGCGAAUCCAUAUUGGUGAUCGAAGUUUGACCAUGGUUAAUGCAUUUUUAGAUGAAAUGUCAAAAGAAGCUAAGGAUAUAAUUACUACUAUAUGUGAUGAGCAGUGCAUGCUGAGUGACAAGCUUCUUCCUAAGCACUGUGCACCACUUAUUGCUCAAGUUGUGAAUAAAAAACGGAGGGAUAAGAAAAAUAAAAUUGUAGCAGAACCUGGGAAACCUGGAAUGGAAAGUUACAGGAAAACAAGAGAGGAACUAACAACGAUGGAUAAAUUACAUAUGGCUCUUACUGAGCUAUGUUAUGCCAUUAACUACUCAAACACUGUAAAUGUAUGGGAACAUACAUUUGCACCUCGAGAAUAUUUAACACAGCAUUUGGAGAGUAGAUUUAACAAAUCUCUAGUGAAAAUGGUUAUGUUUAAUCCUGAAAAUAAUGAAAUUGCCAAGCCUUCAGAAUUAUUGACAAGUGUUCGUUCAUUUAUGAGUGUCUUGCAAAGUAUAGAAAACUAUGUUCAUUUAGAUAUUACAAGAGUGUUCAAUAAUGUCCUUCUUCAACAAACACAGCCUCAAGAUAGUCAUGGAGACAAAACUGUUACCUGUCUUUAUACAAACUGGUAUCUAGAGGCCUUACUUAGAAGAGUCAGUGCUGGUCACAUAACAUAUUCCAGAAACCAAAAAGCAUUUGUGACACUAUCUGCAGAGGGGCAACUUCCAUUCAGUGCUGAAGAAUUUUCUGACAUUAAUGAACUACGUGCCUUAGCUGAAUUGAUCGGACCAUAUGGAAUGAAGUAUUUAAAUGAAAGUUUGAUGUGGCAUAUAGCUAGUCAGGUUACAGAGUUGAAGAAAUUAGUCGUCAUUAAUAAAGACAUAUUAAUGGCAUUGAGGUCAAAUUAUGACAAGCCUGAACAAAUGAAAGAACUUUUCCGAAGAUUGCAAAGACCAAAGAUGGCUCAAAAUGUAGACAAUGUUCUUCAGAGGAUGACCAUUAUAGGUGUUAUAAUAUGUUUUCGUAGUUUGGCUCAAGAUUCUCUUAGCGAUGUCCUCACAGAUCGAAUUCCCUUUCUACUCAGUUCUGUGUGUGACUUUAAACAUCAUGUUCCGAAUGGAGAUUCUAUGAUAGUCAGUGAAAUGGCAUCUGCAGCCGGCCUACCUUGCCGAGUUGACCCAGCUUUAGUUGCAGCAUUGCGUUCGCAGAAGAGUGAACUUGGAGAAGAUGAGUAUACUGUGGCUUGUUUGCUGAUGGUGUUUGUGGCAGUUUCACUUCCUAAAUUAUCACGUAAUGAAGGAUCUUAUUAUAAAGCUUCUUUAGAAGGUCAUAGCAAUAAUAUUCAUUGCCUUGCACAAGCUAUCAAUGGGAUUGCUGGAGCUCUGUUUACCAUAUGUGGUCAUGGGGAUAUUGAAGAUAGACUAAAAGAAUUUUUAGCUCUUGCAUCAUCCAGCUUACUCAGAUUAGGGCAAGAAAAUGAUAAAGAAGCAACUAGGAACAGAGAAUCAGUUUACCUUUUGCUUGAUUUGAUAGUUCAGGAGUCACCGUUCCUUACAAUGGAUUUAUUAGAAUCAUGUUUCCCAUAUGCUCUUUUAAGGAAUGCAUAUCAUGCUGUAUAUAGGAUUGAAAAUGUGUGAUUAUAAAUUUUAUACAACUAUCCGACCUGCCUUCAGAACUCAUUCUACAUCUUAGAAAUAUCUAAGAGAAACUAAUUCUCCUAAGUUAUAGCUGUAUUCAGCUUGGUUAUUUACAAACAGUGUUGUCUAAAAAAAAAAAAAAAAAAAAAAACGCUUAUAUCUUGUAUUAAUAUUUCAACAUUACUCAUCUGAAGAUUUUAAAUUAUUAUGUAUUGUAUCAUUGUGAAUAAGUGCAUUUAUAUUGCCAAAAUGCCAUAUUUGCAUAUUUGACUUGUUUUGAAAUGAUUUUUCAUGUAGCUGUCAUUUGAAGUCAAGUCAAAAACGAAUCCAGACUAUAUGUGCCAUAUGUUUGGUCCUGCAUAUUUAUGAGAAAACUUGUUACAUUUUGACCUCAUUGCCUGUCGGUAAAUUUUAAGAAUGGAGAGCCAUGGAUGAUGAAUGGCAUUGUUUUUUAACUACCAAAGAUAUAUUUGGAAACUUCAGUUUGUAUAUAAUAUUCUUUAUAUUUCUUUUCAGAGCUACUAGACUAUAAAACUCUGUAAUGUAAAUAAAUAUACAUAAGUACACUGAAUAAUGUAAUUUAAAGCAUAGUUUUUUGCAUUAAUGAAUUUUUAUUUCUUUAAAUUUAUAUAAGUUUGUUACUAAUGCUUUGUUACAUGUACAUAAAUAAACUUCAAAUGAAAAUCA